CACUAUACACUACACUAUACACUACUACUUUACACUAUACACUACACUACCACACUAUACACUACUACUCUACAAUACACUACUACACUACCCUAUACACUACACCACUACUCCUGGAGAAGACGCGCGCCAUGGGUCUCGACGUCUCUCGCCCCACAUCUCGGCCGCCCAAGCCGAGAGUGGGGGGGGGCUCCACCCCCUCCGCCUCCCCCUCCGAGGGGCCCCUCAACUCGCGAGUCGCCGCCGACAAAGGGGGGGGUGGGCGUGACACGGACGUCGAAGCGGCGACAUUGGGGACGGAGCGAGUCAGGGACCUGCUGGCGGUGUCUCUCUUCAGCCUCGUCUACUGCAACUGCCUCUGCCUGGGAGUCGUAGCCACGGUGCUGUCAAUCAAGGCGAGGGAUCGACGUCACGUGGGCAACACCCACGGUGCGCGCCGGGCGGCACGCGCCGCCGCCAUUUUCAACGCCAUCGCGUGGCUUGCAGGCGCCGUGGUGCUGUGCAUUGUAGGCUUCUACGUGGCCUUCAUCGUCGUGGUCACCGCGCGGUCAAGUGACGCGGCCUGGGCCUCACGUAGUGGAAGCAACGGCAGCGGGAGUGUCGGGUCUAGUUCCCUGCCUCCAGGUCUGUGGGACCGCGAUGAGCAGCUGAUAUAUCCAGGCAAGCAGUGAGUUACGUGGAGGAGGCAGCCGCAAAGAGAGAGAGAGAGACGCGCACACAACCUCUAAUCCGCUAUUAAAAGAUUAAAUUGUUACGAAUGUGAACCUCCUGAUUAAACUGCUGGUGACUGAAACGAAUUUUGUGUAUUGCAUUGGAAGGUGUCUGGUUUUUCCGACCCAUCUGUGCGGCGCUCAUGAGUGAUGUCUCAUUACCACACAAAGACCGACAAACUCAUCACGCAGAGACCGACAGACUCACUACACAGAGAUCCACAGACUCAGCACACAGAGACCCACAUA